GCUAACCUUACUACUCAGAAGCGUCUCGCGGCCUCCGUCCUCAAGUGCGGUAAGCGCAAGGUCUGGCUCGACCCGAACGAGGUGACCGAUAUCGCCACCGCCAACUCUCGCCAGAACAUCCGCAAGCUGGUGAAGAGCGGUCUGAUCUUCAAGAAGCCCGAGGCCUCGCACUCGCGUUUCCGCGCCCGCCAGCACGCCGCUGCCAAGCGCCUCGGUCGCCACUCCGGCUACGGUAAGCGCAAGGGUACCGCCGAGGCCCGCAUGCCCACCGCUGUUAUGUGGAUGCGCCGCAUGCGCGUUCUUCGCAGCCUGCUCCGCAAGUACCGCGAGCAGGGCAAGAUCGACCGCCACCUGUACCACGAGCUGUACCUCAAGUCGAAGGGUAACGUCUUCAAGAACAAGCGUGUCCUGAUGGAGUACAUCCACAAGGCCAAGGCCGAGAAGGCCCGCGCUAAGAUCAUUGCCGACCAGGCUGAGGCCCACCGUCUCCGCAACAAGGCUGCCCGCGAGCGCCGUGCCCAGCGCGUUGCCGCCAAGCGCGAGGCUCUCAUCUCGGGUGAGGCCCCCGCUGACCAGGAGUAA